AUGGCUUUUUGGCCUUUGACUUCCGUUCUUUGUACCUGCUUUCUUAAAGCAAGGAGAGGCAUGUGAAGACUCGAUUUGGAUUGACCAAUCUAUCGAUACAGUUCCAUACAAGGGAAGAAUCGAUGCUCAAGAUGGUCGUCGCCUUGGAUUCCUGGUAUCAUUGCCUGAACGAUACUACCAAGAGAAGAGCGGAGAUGAUGACGAUGACGGUAGGGACGUUCACUUCCGGAAACCUUAUCUGCGUUCCUCGCGCUCCACGCAUCAUUUCUUGACACGCGUCCAGAAACUUCAAGAGAACGGGGGGUGGAAGCUUCCCGCACUCUCCCGCCAUGUGUUGCCGUUCACCGGACGGACGAGCGCAUAAGAAGCUUCUAUGCGACGCAUCGUCUUCCUUCCGAUCCGCUCCAUCACACCCUUCGAUGGCUUUCCAGUUUCGCCUGCCCGAUGCGCACAACCUCCUCCGCUGUCCAAGUAGACGUUUAUCCAUGUGAGAAUGUUCCACAGCCUCUCAAGUGACACCACUACCACCCCUUCGUGUCUCUCUCCUCCAUCCUUGCGAAGAAAUCGAGGCCAUUUCGUCGAGCGAGUGGUGGCCGCGCGGCGAUGGGCUCUCCGCCCCUUCCUCCGGCGUCGGAGAAGGCCGAUGAGACGACUUCAGCUGCGGCGGGGCACCCGGAGGGGCAGCGGCCGCUCCCGACGCCCUUCCUGACGAAGACGUACCAGCUGGUGGACGACCCGUCGGUGGACGACGUCGUCUCGUGGAACGAGGACGGAUCGACGUUCGUGGUGUGGCGACCCGCCGAGUUCGCCCGCGACCUCCUCCCCAAGUACUUCAAGCACAACAAUUUCUCCAGCUUUGUUCGCCAGCUCAACACCUACGGGUUUCGGAAGAUCGUGCCGGAUCGAUGGGAGUUCGCUAACGAUUGUUUUCGGAGGGGAGAAAAGCGCCUCCUUGCCGACAUCCACCGCCGCAAGAUCAACCCGGCGGCAGCCGCAGCCGCGCCGAUCGCGGUGGCUGUGCCGAUUAAUAGGGCUGUGUCGCCGGCGAACUCGGGGGAGGAGCAGGUCCUCUCCUCGAACUCCUCCCCUGGCCCACAGACGCCGGCCACCACCGGAUCCAGCGGCCCAACGGAGAACGAGAGGCUGAGGAAGGAGAAUGCGCGGCUCCUCCGGGACCUCGCCCAGAUAACGAACGUGUGUAACCAAAUCGCGGUCCUGGUUUCCAAGUACGCGGCCGAUGGCGGCGGCGGCGGGACGACCGAGGUGGGGGCUCCGCCGCCGGUUCUGGAGCUGAUGCCGGCAACACGGGUGGAGAAGCAGGAGGAAGAGGACGCGGACACCGCGGCGGCGGUUGAGGAAGGGGUGAUCAAGGUGGAGGAGUGGACGAGCGAGCCGCGGACGCCGGCGGGGCCGAGCCCCAAGCUGUUCGGGGUUUCGAUUGUCGGGAAACGGGUGCGGGAGGAGGAGAUGGACCAGGAUCCGACGCCGGCUGUGAAGCCGGACCCGAAGGAAGCGACCUCGCCAGAGCGCCACCAGCGGUCGUGGGUGGUGUACUGCCCUCGGCCGAUACGAAGGUCGUGCAACGUGCCGGACAACCCGACGGAUCGCGCACGUGAUGCGAGCUGAUCGCUCCGGAUCAUACGAGAUGCUGGAACGGAUCUCUUUUAGAUUCGUGCUCGCUAAUUUAAUUUAGUCUCAUUUAAUUUAAUCGUGCCUCUUAUCCACAGUAUGAUUUCCACACGUAACUCGCUACUGCACUUUGUCUGCCCACUUGGGAAAAAGCGUGGAACAAUGCAGCUAAUGAUAGCUUUCACUACCUGUCCGAUGCAGUGAACCCUCAGAUAAUAUUUGCUCCUUUAUUUUCUUGGGUGUUUUCUUUCCUUCUGUUUUGAUCUCCGAAAUAAUUCCACCGCUGGAAUUCGACGACACGGUCGAGGGAGUAUUGAGUGUUGUGUUUGGUCACGUGGCACAUCGGAGGACUUUUCCUAUGUCGGGCCCAUAUCAAAGAUCUUCAUCAAUCACACGCAUGAACGAAUCUGGAAGUAAAUCGUUUCCCACGUCCUGCGUGGCUCACUCUCUCCACGCAACGUCCUCAUCCACUCGGAGUCGGAAGAGUCAAACACCGACGCGUGUAUAUUGAUCCAUCCGCCCACCACCUCGGCCUGCUCCGACAUCUGCUCCUCCUCCUCCUCUGUCCUUCUCAACGCGAUCGCGAUUACCAUGGCGUACGCCGAGAAGGGCUACGGCGACGACGAACAGAUCGCGCUGGAGGUCACCGUGCUCUCCGCCGAGUCGCUAAGGAAUCGCUCCUCCCCUCUGCUUCCCGGCCGCCGCCUCCGCCCUUACGUCAUUCUCUCCUCCUCCUCCGCCGCCAACCGAGAACAAUUGGCGCCUAUCUACCGGACCCGCGUCGACGAGGGCGGUGCCCACCACCCCACCUGGCGCGACACCCUCCGCGUCCCCAUGGACGCUUCCUUUCUGCGCGGCGGCGAGCGGGGGCGGGGGAAGGAGGGCGGCGCCGCGGUGCACGUCAGUGUCCUCUCGAAGCGCCCCUUCCGUGGGCCCUCGCGGCUCGGGUGGUGCGAGAUUCCCGCGUGCGACGUCGUCGACGGGCUUUGGCCGCCGUCGGCGCGGCGGCGCCUCAGCUACGCCCUCCGCCACCCCCGCCACGGCGGCCACGGUCACGGCGUCAUCCACAUGGCCGUUCGCCUGUUGGGCCCCCACCUCGAGCGGCUGGUCCCACCGGCUCCGCGGCCCGCACCGGAGCCGGGGUGGUCCGGGACGGCGAUCGGCAUCCCGCGCGCGGCGACCGCAGCGGCGUUCCUGGUCCCGGAGUCGGGGAGACACGUGCCGUACUGGCGUAGGUGAUAGACUUUGGUUGGAAAAAGGAGCGGAAAUAAGAUCCCGGCGCCGCAAUGGAGGACGCCGUCGUCGGAAGUGUGUUUGACGCCGAAAGAAUGGUGGUUUGGUUUGGAGUGAUGUCAAUAAUUUUCUAAAAGCAAUUCCGCCUUUUAAUUGUGGAA